ACCAAUGCAAUCCUGACGUGCUUCACUUACCCGCCUGUUUUUUUAUUUCCCGAUUAAAACCCUUUUCUUUUCCCAAAAGAUUACGUGCGAAGAGGGGAGCUGGGAAAAGGAAAAGAAAAGAAAAGAGAGAGAGAGAGAAGAAGAAAAUGGGGGUAGAAGAAGGAGGUGUGAUGUGAGGGGAAAUUACGUAGGGCAGAAGCCAAAUCCAUUGAUUUCUCUGGGCUGCUUGAGCUGAGUUGUUUGAGUGGUCUGCGAGGACUCCUGAGCUGCCAGUGUGCAAGCUUGCUUCUUGCCUUUUCAUGACUAUUCCUGUGUUUUCUCUCUAGUUUUUCCUAGUGCUUUCCUAUUUCUGGAGAUUUCUUGGAAGAAUUCUGUGCUUCAUUCUCAGACGGGGAUCUCUAAUUUGUCUGCUUCAUUUGUUAAAUCCUGACCAUUCCCAUUAUUUUCUGUUUUUAUUGUGCUUUACCCCUUCUUCCUCCCGUUUUCGUUUUCCAUUCCCCCCCUCCUUUCUUCCCCGCCAUUCCAAGCUGCUGCCACCCUACGCUGUAAAAUUUGUGCUGCUCUGCUCGUCGCCGAAAAUUUUGGCUUUGAGCAGCGCUGGGAUUGGGGGUUUUGCAGCUCCCAGCGCACUCCGCCGCUCGUAAGAUUUGCUCCUUGCAGCAGAGAAGUUUCAGCCUUUGGAGCAAGAAAUCGUCGGAGGGUGCUGUUGAUUCGUAGCUCUCUGCUGCUCACUUGCUCAGUGUGGAAUGAUGGAGGUGAGGCCGUCUUCGGAGCAAGGGGUGAUGCCCGGAAGGGAGCCGUUCGGGCUGCCGAAAAGCCCGCCGACGCCGCCGUCCUCCGGCGGCCCGCAGAGCCUGCGCAUGGCGUUCACGACGGACGGCACCCCCGUCUUCGCCCCGGUGAGCUCCGCGCCGCCGGCGACGGCGACGUACCAGCCCUUGGGUGGCGCGGCUGCUCCAAGCUUGGCUGCCGCAGGAGGCAAUGGCGGAGCGCCGGUGCACCCGGCUCCCGCUGGCGCUGGUGAGCCGGUGGCCAAGAAGAAGCGUGGCCGGCCAAGGAAGUACGGCCCCGACGGCUCCAUGUCGCUGGCAUUGGUGCCCGCGUCCAUGGCUGCGGCGCCGGGGUCCACGGCUCCCGGCGCCCCCGGGCCUUUCUCGCCUGAAGGCGCCAGGACGCCGAACACUGCGCCGUCAGCGUCGCCGGACGGGGCGAAGAAGCGGGGCCGGCCGAAGGGCUCCACCAACAAGAAGCACGUGCCUGCUCUUGGUAAUAUUGGCUCAGCAGGGGCUGGAUUUACACCUCAUGUUAUUUUCGUUAAAACCGGCGAGGACGUAUCAGCAAAGAUCAUGUCGUUCUCUCAGCACGGGACGCGCGCGGUCUGCAUCCUUUCAGCAAAUGGCGCCAUAUCAAAUGUGACGCUUCGGCAGUCUGCUACCUCUGGUGGAACAGUGACAUACGAGGGCCGGUUCGAAAUACUGUCCCUGUCCGGGUCGUUUCUUCUGUCAGAGAACGGCGGCCAUCGCAGUCGAACCGGUGGGCUCAGCGUUUCGCUAGCAGGGCCUGACGGCCGUGUCCUGGGUGGUAGUGUUGCCGGACUUCUGACAGCCGCUUCACCAGUACAGAUCGUAGCGGGGAGCUUCAACGCCGAUGGAAAGAAAGGGCCGCCGAAGCAGCAGCAGCAGCAGCAGCAGCAGCUCGCUCCGUCACCUUCAGAUGCAUCACCGGCGCCACUAAAGGUCGCGCCGGCGGCGCCGAGCAGCCCGCCGUCCAGAGGCACGACGAGCCUGAGCGAGUCAUCCGGCGGCCCCCCGAGCCCGCCGCACGCAGGCGGCAGCACCGGCGGCAUCCACGGGCAGCAGCAGUCGGGGGGCUUCUCCGGCGUGUCCUGGAAAUGACCUCCACGCGCCAUCGGUGACCAGACCAGACCAGACUACUAGCUCUUUUAUGUAGCGUGACGCACCGAUGCGCUGGAGGACUGAAGCUCGCUCGGGGGGAAGACGAGAGGUCGUAGGUGGUGCGUGUCGUCAGACUCUGUAGCUCUGGCUUUAGGUGUUGACGUGUGUGUCGAUCGUGCAGUAGUAGGGUGGGUUGCUUAUCGUCGUCCGGGUGCCGUGUACUGAAUCUUUACCGUUAUGCGAUGCGAUUACGCAGCAUGUUCAAUGCUGCGUUUCGACUUGGCGCGCGUGA